AUGCGCAGACGACCGAGCCCGCUGACAGAUUCUCGGUGGCGGCAGCAGUGGCGGCGGCGGCGGCGGCGCCUGCGGCGGUCCUGGACUGCGGGGAAUGGGAGCCUUAGCUCUCUGACUGAGCACCGCCCCGCCUCCCUGGCCUCCGACAUGGCUCAGGAAAAGAUGGAGCUAGACCUGGAGCUGCCUCCGGGCACGGGCGGGAGCCCGGCGGAGGGCGGCGGCAGCGGCGGCGGCGGGGCCCUCCGGAGGUCUAAUAGCGCCCCUCUGAUCCACGGCCUCAGUGACACUUCGCCGGUGUUCCAGGCCGAGGCGCCGAGCGCCAGGCGCAACAGCACCACGUUCCCGAACCGCCAUGGCCUGCUGCUCCCAGCCUCCCCGGUCCGCAUGCACAGCAGCCGAUUGCACCAGAUCAAACAGGAGGAGGGCAUGGACUUGAUCAACCGAGAGACCGUCCACGAGCGCGAGGUGCAGAACGCCAUGCAGAUCAGCCACUCCUGGGAGGAAAGUUUCAGCCUGAGUGACAACGACGUGGAGAAAUCCGCCUCCCCGAAGCGCAUCGAUUUCAUUCCGGUGUCACCGGCACCAUCUCCCACCCGGGGAAUCGGGAAGCAGUGCUUUUCACCAUCCUUGCAAAGUUUUGUGAGUAGCAAUGGAUUGCCUCCAAGCCCGAUUCCCAGCCCAACGACCCGGUUUACGACUCGAAGAAGCCAGAGCCCCAUUAAUUGCAUUAGACCAAGUGUUCUUGGACCAUUGAAAAGAAAAUGUGAAAUGGAGACUGAUUAUCCGCCAAAGAGAUUUUUCCAGGGCAUGCUGUCUUCUGACGUCGCACAGCUGUCAGAUCCGGGGGUGUGUGUGUCUUCGGACGCCCUGGAUGGGAACAGCAGCAGUACUGGAUCUUCCUGUAACUCGCCAGCGAAAGUCAGCACUACCACCGACUCCCCGGUGUCACCUGCCCAGGCGGCCUCUCCAUUUAUUCCAGUAGAUGAACUUUCAUCUAAGUGACUCACCCACCUAUUCCCCGAGACUCGGUUGUUUUGUUUUGUUUUGUUGUUUUUUUUUGCAAUGGAGAGAAAAAUCAAGUUGGAGCAAGCACUGAACUUUGUCAAUUAAUUUGAGGCUAUUUCCUAUUUGACUCUUUUUCGGACUUGCCUGAACUGAACUGUUGGUAUUCUAGAGAACUUUUAUGUCAGGUUCCUGCGGAUUACUUCAGUGUAGUAAUAUUUUCAGACGUUUUCCCAAUAAGUGUGUUGAAGCAUACAUCUUUACGCUGCUAAUAUGUCUAAAUACAUAUGUUAUCCCUUGAUUUUUUUAAAAAAAAUAAUUGAGAGCUCUAUUUAUUUAUGGGAUUAUUAAGUUCUGAUGCAAAUAUAAAUGUUGAAUUAAUCAGUGCAGUAAACUGAUGUUUUAAAAUUCCAUACUUCAUGCCCACACUAAUUUUUAAUGUUAUUUUUAGUGAUUGCUAAUUUCUAUUUGAUGAACAAUAACUUACUAUUUACGCUAUUUUUAAAAUAUGUUAGUUAUAUCAAUCCAGUGGUUGUCUUGUUUUAUUCAGGAAUCCUUGGAUAUUCAAUUUUCUGGGUACAGAAGUGAAUGGGAGGGGAACUGAUAAAAGAAUAAAAUAUAAACAUUUGCAACAAA